GCCAACUGUGCGGUACUACGGUUUUGAACACAAAAGUUAGAUGAAUAACACAACUCAUGUACAACGACCACCUCUGCCACCGGAGUUGGCGUCUCUCGUGAACACUGUAGAUCUUGCACAUUUGAUAUCUGGAAUCUAUAUUUCGAUUAUCGCUGUCCUUACGAUAAAUGGAAAUGGUCUGCUUCUCUUGGCUAUCAUCAAAGACCCUUUCAGGUCGUUCCGAACACCCACAACUCUCUUUGUGGUGGGUCUUGCAGUGGCGGAUGUCCUCACUGGUGCCGUUGUGGAACCUUUGACAGCUUAUAUUUAUAUUGGACAUUACCUUAAAUUUCAUCUUAAUCCAGACAAAAGGAAAGCAGUUAUGGACUUUGCACAUUUUACCUCGCACAUAUCCUUUGUUACCAUGAACGCAUCUUUCCUGAUUUUACUGGCCUUAACGUUUUGUCAGUAUGUGGCCAUAUCGUUUCCGCACAAGCACCGCUCCAUUGUCAACCACAGAAACGUAAUGACUGCUUUGAUUGUUAUAGUGAUAUAUUCAGUUUUGUUCUCGCUUCUUCCUGAGUAUAACGUCCCUCUUAGAUUGAAGUUGGAAAUAGAUGUGCUUUUAAACACCAAUGCCAUUGCCCUCGUACUACUCUUGAGCUAUGGACUUCUCUACCGAGCUUACCAUUUACAUCUUAGCCGUGUGAGCUCACUGGACGAAAACCAGGCCGCACGGGCUCGUAGGAGAGAGCAAGAACGCGAGUUUACCGCGGCUAAUUUACUUUUGGUUUCAUUUUUUCUUGUAUUUACUCUACCUUCAAUGAUUCUUUGGAACCUCAGGCUCUAUAAGUAUUACGAUACUCGUUCUCUACCUUUCGAUCAGCAGUUGAGACUGUCACUCGCAACCGCGCUUGCUUUUGAUGUUCUUGUCAUGAAGUUUGCUCUUGAUCCAUGCAUUUAUGCAUGGAGAUUGUCCAAAUACCGCCAUGCCAUCAAAAAAAUUAUCAAGUGUGGUCAAGAUGUUUCUGAGAUCGAUGCAAGCAUUCCGACGAACACAACUUCACUCGCAAGUUCAAGACACGCCGGAGUAGAUGGAAAAAAGGGUCAAGAGCGGGGUCGGUCGGGUUCUACAGCUUUUCCUCUUAAUUUGCCCCAUCAGUCAAUGGCAGAACCCGAGUUUUAAACCACUCAGCUGAGUGGACUUGUGAAAAAGAGAGGCAUAAGACAACUUUAAACAAGGAAAGGACCCAGCUGAUUGGACUUAAGCUGAUUGAUCAAGUUAAGCGGUCACCUCUAUGAAGUGGUUGCAGUCAUCCUUAACUAAGUCAUAACGAUUUGUUUUUAUCGUCCUCCACCUGUAUUAAAACGGUUACUGAAAGCGAGAACACUCAAGAAUAAUAUUCCAAGUAAUUUUCAAUCUAUGUUUCUCCCCCGGAAUCAAAGUAAGCGAGAUUCCGCACAAAAUAAGUGGUCAAUUAUGGAAUAAAGUGGAGUUUUUCAUCGGGGUCUUUUUUUUUGU